ACGCACAUGCAUGACAUCCAGCAGUGCAUGAAUACGGAGCAUGGCACAGGGGAGAGCACGAGACCAUCCGCAGACUCCUCAUCCAGCUCCAGCCAGAGUGUGCUUUCUGUGGAUGAGCGGCAGGAAAGGCAUCAAAGCAAGGGGACGGUCAGCCCGCGGGGAGGAGCACGCCUCAGCCCAGCAAAGGCUCUUCCAGUUCCAAGCACAGAACGGAAUGAACAUGUCUUUGGACAAAAUGCUUGUACCUCCCAGAAGUACGAGCUGCCCAGCUGCCCAGUCAUGGCUUCCAAAUCACAGACAAGGAAGAUUGGCUUAUUGAACUCGGGAAACACUUGCUACAUGAACAGUGUCAUUCAGUCUCUCUUCAUGGCUUCAGAGUGAG